AUGCAAGAUGAAAGCGAUGGAGAUGAUGCAAGUAGUUACAAAUCGUCUUCAUCAAAGAAAAGAAAAAUUUUCGACAGCCCAGGCGAUAAGUAUAAACCAUUUCAAAAGCCUUCUUACACAAGAAAAUAUCCCGAUACUACCUCCAAUGGAGAAUUCAUAGUCUUCGUAGAGCAUUGCAAUAAAGACACCAAAAUAGGGAAUAUGAACCCCCUAAAUUUAUCAAAAAUUUUCAAAAAUGCUAAAGGGGUCCAUGAAAGAUCUAGAAUAAGCGCCCGCAAAAUAAAAAUAAUAUUCAAACAAGCGGCACUAGCAAAUGAUUUCCUCAAUGCCCAAUUUAUACAAGAGAAUAACUUAAGAGCAUAUAUCCCAGCUGCCUCUGUGGAAAGGGUUGGGGUAGUCAGGUACAUUCCUAAAGAAAUUAGCAAUAGGGAGUUAUUUGAAAAAAUAAGUAGUGAUCUUGAUAUUAUUGGUGUACGUAGGUUUAUGAAAAAAGAAAAUAAUACAUUUGUUCCGUUAAAUACUAUUACUGUUACUUUUUCUGGCACUGUAUUACCACAAUGCAUUUUCUUAGAUGGAUGGAGAUAUAAGGUUCAUAAUUAUAUACCUCCAGUUUUACAAUGUUUUAAAUGCUUACUUUUCAAUCACUCUGCAAAAUAUUGUUUUAAUGAACAAGCAUGUUCUAAAUGUGCAGAGAAUCAUUCUUAUAAAGAAUGCACAUCAGAAGUUUUAAAAUGUAAAAACUGUGGAGGUAAUCACCUAGCUAUUUCUAAGGAGUGCCCAAUUAAGGCUUCUAAAAUUAAGAAAAACAUAUCUUUGAGAGUUAAUAAUUCUACUUAUGCGGACAUAACAAAUAAUUUAACACCUUUCCCACCUCUUACAAAAGCUAAUCCUCAAAAUGUUAAAAUUGUUCCAGAAAAGAUAUCAGCCCAGGACAUUAUUAAUAAUCAAAAAAUUUUAGAAGCCAUAAUAAGCACUAUUUCCACCUAG